UCGAAUUUGACACUGUGCAGCACUGAACAACCCACCCCGAUUGUUGCUGCACAAGCUGCAUUUUAUUUCAGAAAAAUUUUCGUUCGCUGUGAAAAAUGACGCCACCAAAGAUAAAGAAGGUCGUGAUUAAGAUACCCCGGCAUCCGUACUUCAAUGUGCAGAUGGACCAGGAAAACAUGGUCGAGUACCAGCUCCGCAAGUGUCGCGUUAAUUUGGAGCGUCUACGCGUAAAGCCGCUGACCACGACGGGAUCGUUUGCUCUGCAGCUGAAGCCCAAGCGUUGCAUUGUUCGUGUGGCACGUCUGCCAAAUGUGGAGCGUAGCGAGAUGUCCGUCACACCAGCCAGCUCCAUAAUCUCGGACUUCGGCGAUGAGGGCGCAGCCAACGAAUAGAAUAGAAAUGGGGAGAGGACUAGACAAGCCCCCAUAGAGGGAAAUCACAGCAUCUUAUAUAAGUCUACGCAUAAGUCAUGCAUUUUUUUCAGUAGGAAACAUAAAGCAUCUUCUCGGAAAUAAGGAUAUACAAAUAUUUUCAACUGACAUCUGGUCAUCUGGAAGGCAGACAGAAGAGAUGAAACGAUCCAGAUCAGUCGGAUCUUAUCACAAUGCAUCAUGUAUAAUCAAAUAAAACUAAAGAAAAUA